AUGGUUGUUAGUGGCUGUAACCUCAAACGGAGUUGGCGUCUAUCCCCCGAAGACCACAUCCUUGAAGGUACAAGCAUUGUUACCAUAGUAUCCCCUCACUCCAAUCACCACCACCCCCUACCCUACCACCCUACCCCACCACCCUGCCCCCACCCACCAAACCCCACCAGCCCCUGCCCUACCAGCCCUGCCCCAACACCGCCCUACCCCACCACCCCUGCCCUACCAAACCCUGCCCCACCAGCCCCUACCCCACCACCCCUUCCCUGCCCCCUACCCCCUGCACUCCCCCCCACCACCCCUGCCCUGCACCAAGCCCUGCCCCACCAGCCCCUACCCUGCCAGCCUGCCCACCACCCCUACCCCACCACCCCUGCCCACCAGCCUCUGCCCCACCAGGCCCUGCCCCACCACCCCAUGCCCAGCCACCCCCUCCCCACCACCCCUACCCCACCAGCCCCUACCCCACCAGCCCUACCCCACCAGCCCCUAACCCACCACCCCUUCCCCCCACCACCCCUACCUACAAGCCCCUACCCCGAGACACCCUACCCCAACACCCCUUCCCACACCACCCCUACCAUACCAGCCCCUACCCCACCCCUGGUUUUCUGCUUGAAGAAUUGA